CGGGGGCUGCUCUGCUCCCCCCCGGGCUCACGCGUGGACGGGUACCGCGGUUCGAGGGGGCCACGCCGCCCCCUCACCUGAGGGUCCGGCAGUAGGAGCCCCCAGGCGAGGCAUGGAGAGCGGGCAGGAGAACCCGGCCCUCACGGACACGGCUGCCGAAUUCCUGAGCCUCAUCGGGCUGAAGGAGCUGGAGCACUGCCUGUUCGCCGAGACGCUGGCGGUGGUGGGUGUGGGGGACCCGCCAAGGGACAAGGCAGAGGGCCAGUGGUGGAUGGCAGCCCAGUGGGCACCCUACAAGCGGGAAGGUGAACCAGUGCGGAACUGCAUCCUGGUGCAAGCCAGGUUCCGAGGCUCGCGGGAUGGUGUACCUGCCUCCAGCACCCUCAAAGCCUAUGUGACCCCACAGCUGGAGACCCUGGAGCAGGAGGAGCAGGAGUGCUUGGAGCUCAAACCACACCCCACAGAGAAGAGCACCCACAUGGUGAGCCACCAGCAUGGGAUGACUGUCACAAAGACCCUCCAGGAGGGAGAGGCAGAGCCACAGUGCCAGAGCUUCUCCUACAGCCAGGCCGAGCUGCGGGGGCUGCUGCUGGAGGGUGCCAGCCUCCUGCUGCUGCGGGUGCUGGCACGCCGGCACACAGUGCCCCCCGGCCUCGUCUUCCCAGCCAUCGACACCGAGGGCCACCUCUGCACCUCCAGCUACUCUGCCCUGGGCAUCCAGCGUCAGGCAGUGGGCUCUGCAGAGACGGAGGUGUUUGUGAUGGAGCGAGCCAUGCACACCAGCACAGGCGUCUCCACUGUCUGGCAGAGCAGCUUCCUCCCCAACGGGCGUUUGGUUCGGAUGAUGCAGGUUGGCUCCCCAACGCUGAUGCUUCUGCAGGAUGAGUCCGUCCUCAGCAAGUCAGGUGGGUUUGAGCUCCAGCUCCCCUUCCCCAAAGAGCCCCUGAACUGGGAGGAGGACAUGCAGCUCUGCUCCUGGUUCCUGGACAGGAAGGAGGAGCUGCAACUAUCCCAUGCUGUCUACCUCCAGCAGCACCCUGAGGUCCGGGCACUGCUGUCUGACUUCCUUCAGGCCUUGCUGCUCCGGCAGCCCCAUGACCCCCUCUCCUUUGCCGCAGAAUUCUUCACCCACCAGCGGCCCAUCGAUAUCCCCUUUGCCUCCACUGGGUCUGGCAGCCCUCUCCCCAGCUCCCCACCUGACCACCCUCCAGCUAACGGGGAAUAAAGCUGCCAAU